AUGUGGCAUUCGAAUUCAGAUAUUCGACUUGAUUCUGACGAUGAAGAAAAUAUUUCAAAUUCUGCUAGCUGUUCUGAAGGUUCAGAAGACCUCUCAGAUAUCGUAUCAUCCUGUACCUCAAGACCUAUGCCUUCUGGUAAAGUAAGGAGACCGCCUCCCAUGCUUGUUGACUUGGCAGGUGGAGCAGAUGAGGCAUCUCUUGAUAUUCUUGCAGAAGUACGGUUGGAGGGUUGCGAGCUUCGACCUCAGGAUGUGGAGGAUAUAACUACAGGCGACCUUGAGGAAAAUGAGGAUGAUGUUGCAUGGGCCACGAGGCUUGCUCGGGCGGAAAGAGUCGCUUCAGAUCAGGCUAUGACACAAAAAUCUAUCGGUACGUAA